AUGAUCGAUGUUCGGAGUGACGACAUAAAACCUCCCCUCUCUCUCGGUAUCAGCGAUCAACUUCGGGCACCCAACAGGCUCCAUCAACCCCGCCGCCCUGGGCUCAAUCCACCUGGUGAAGAGGGGCUGGAAUCUGAUCCAUCUCUGCAUCCUCCAGAUGAUAUCUUCGAGUUCGUCCACCACACGCGACAAGCACCCAAAAUAGUCCCAGUCCACCAUCUUGCGAUCCUCGUGGCAGCCAUCGACGUAGGCGGCGAGAUCCGCAACAGCUUUGGCGUGAUCAUUGGCGUAAUGGACGAGGGUAGGGAUCAGUACGCCCAUUUCGACUCCGAGAUCGCCUUGGGCGAAGAGGCGAGGGUUGUUGAUUGGACGACGGCUGAGCGGGCUGACUGGGGGUGA